AUGAAUUUGACGCGCUGGAAAAGCCCCCCUGGAUCUUCGCCCGGUUCCGAACUGCUAGACUUCGCAUACAAGCCCUUGAGAGGAGAGAACAGCAUUCGCCUGGUCAAAAUCAAGCCAGGGACAGGCCAUACUGGCAUAGCAAUCGACCUUAUCGACAGCUUUGUUCCCCUGCUAGGACAACGAACCCAUCAAGAAUACGAUGCUUUGUCUUACACCUGGGGCGAAGGUCUCCAGUCCAAGUCCAUCACCUGCAAUGGACGCCGCUUCCACGUCACAGAAGCGCUGCGAGAAGCGCUCCGAUAUUUCCGAGAUCCCAUUCACGAUGUCAUCCUAUGGAUCGACCAAAUCUCCAUCUGUCAGAAAUGGACCCUGGAGCGGAACAAGCAGGUGAAGAUGAUGGGAGACAUCUUCAGUGGGGCGAGGAAGGUGCUGGUCUGGCUAGGUGGGCAUUAUGAUGAUAGCCGAAAGGGAAUGCAACUGGCAGAUCAGCUACUACGAGUAUGCCGUGGCCAAGGACUGACCACCCUUGACCGAACACAACUGCGACGAUACGGAAUGCCUGAAGUGGGCAACACAAAGUGGAAGGCUCUGGAAGGAGUGCUGCUGAGGCCGUGGUUCUAUCGGACGUGGGUUGUGCAAGAAGUCGUACUGAAUGCGAACGUUGAGCUCACUCUUGGCGACGACGUGGCAAGGUGUUCUAUUACCUGGGAUGAGCUGGAGGACGUUGUCAGCCUUCUUGAAGGCCCGGCUCCGAGAGACUGGCAGUUGGAUCUCACCAUGAGUGCUUGGCGGCUGCCCUUCUCUCGCAUCAACCGCAUUCGCAAGCGACAUCAGAGGGCAAUGAUGCGACGCACAAACGGAGCAAUCGCAGAAAUGGAGGGGAGUACAGCUCUGUUCGAAGAGCCUGAGUCCAAUGACAAUGACGAGUAUAUUCAUGGCCAGGACGACCUCGAUCUGCUGGAGUUGCUGCUGAUGUCCAGAGAUCUGGGAGCCACAGACCCUCUUGACAAGAUAUAUGCGCUGCUGGGCUUAGCCGAACACAACAUCAAUCCCAAUUACGACGCUUCGCCUGAACAGCUCUUCAAUGAGUUCGCUCUGCACAUCAUUGGCGAUGUUACCAGCUUGGUACCUGGCUCAGCUAGAGGUGCAAAGAUCUCGGCCGCAGAAGCUGCAGUACGGAAAGCUCUUGUGUUGCUUUCCUGCGCAGGGACACCAAACCAGGAAAGACACGUACCAUCUUGGACACCCGACUGGACUGCGGAUCUGACUGCAAAGCCUCUGGUCUUCGACCGUGGAUAUUGCGCUGGUGGCGAUACUUUCGAGAUCGACUGGGACUUUGAGACGGGGUUGCAACUGUGCGGCCGCCUGGUCGAUACUGUCCGCAGAGCUGGCAGCGUUCAUUUGAGAUAUGAUCCUAACCUUGAAGGAGCUGCUCUUAUUGAAGAGUGGUGGCAGGAAGCUUGUGGCAUCGCUCAAUAUCGGUCCUCACGUUUCCCGAGCAGAAAUCGCGCUUUUCGAGCCAUGUGUCGAGAUCUGAAAAUCAAUGAUCAGGGGUACUAUCACCCUGACGGCGUGGACUCUACUGAACGCCCUACGCCCAGACGCAGACGGAGUCUCCUAGACGAGACAGAUCUCAGCCUCAGUACAAGCAUCGAGAAUCCACGUCAGACUCUCACUUUAGGGCCUACUCGCGGGCGAGUACUCUUCUCUACCACCACGGGAUACAUCGGGCUCGCGCCACAUGGGACAGUCGAGGGCGAUCUCAUUUACGUCGUGCUCGGUGCCAAUGUACCUUUUGUCCUGCGACCCUUGACCGGGCAUGAUUUCACCUUGAUUGGUGAGGCAUACGUCCAAGGCAUCAUGCGUGGCGAGUUUAUGGAAAUGCAGCACACUGACACCGCCGACGACAUCUACAUUCGUUGA